AGCUCAAUUUUUUAUUAAAAAAUGUAACUCAUUUUAUUACGAUAUAUAUAUAUAUAUAUGUAGGCAAUUUUAAUUUGUUGUUUUAGAUAGAAUUUCUUCCAACUGUAUGCAUGGAUAUGGAUAUGGACAUUAUAUCUUGUUCAAUUUUGGUUGAAAUAUUCAUUGAUAAUCAAAGGCCAUAAUGGCAGAAUGACAUUGUACAACAUUUUAUAGAAAAGUUAUAAAUCUUGUUCAUGAAUUAACAAAAAUGCGAAAAAGUUUAUAUGUUUGCAUACGAUCAAAACCAUUUUCAUGAAGCUAGCUAAUUGUUGAAGUUUUCCUAAAAUAACAGGUGUGGAUGAAUAAAGAUGAGGAGAAAGAACAAUUUAGUCCCGUGUCAGUGCUCGAUUGUCCAUUUGAAGACGAAGACGAUGAGAGCAGUAGUAGCAGCUCUCCUUUUCGCUGCAGAAUUGCUCUGAUGGAAGGUACACAGCACAAACUCAUGCAGAAGAUCAGACGAUUCGAGAACCUCGCUCAAUUGGAGCCAAUCGACUUGGAAAGACGAAUGGCAAUGUCAGGUGUGGACGAUGAAGACGAGCGAGAUAACAAGACCGAAGAGAAAGCAGCCGGAGAGAUAGUGAAGCAGUUGAUCAUCAAAACAAGUAGUUCUACCAUAUUGAGCGAUUUCGUGCAUAUGAAGGCAGAUAAAUUAGUGGUGGAUUUGCUCAUUGACAGGAGUGUGAAAACCGGCGAGGAAAAUGUGAUGGUGGAAGAGGUGUUGAAGGUAGCAGAGGAGUGGGUGAAUGGGGAGUCACAUAUGCUGUCGAGUUGGGAGGUCGAAAAUGGUAGACAAGUUUAUGUCAAUGAUAUGGACAAUAAGUACUGUGGGAAGUGGAUGAAAUUAGAUGAACAAGAACAAGAGGUGGGUUUGGAGUUAGAAGUUGAGGUGUGGAAUUCUUUGCUGAAUGAGUUCCUGCUUGAUCUGGUUUGCUAG